CAAGCAAGCAGAAAACCUUCGGGGACCGGUGGUUUCGUCACCUCUUAUUGGUUUCAUCGAUCCUCAAACUCUUAACUCUCGAAGAGAAAUAGGCCUUUUCCCUGCCUCCUCUCCUCAGGCGGAUUCCUCAAAACACACGCACACACCCUCUCUCUCUAUCUGCGACUCUUACAAAUUCAACACUGGACCUUCUUCUCUAUCAACACUCACUCGCUAAGGUUAGCCUAGAAAUCACCGAAACCAAUGGCGUCUUCACUCUCCACAACUGCCUCCGCUUCUGCUUCUGCUUCUGCUUCCGCUUCUGCUUCCACCGUCUCCAAAACCACUGUCAAUUUCCCUCAUUACAAUACUUACGCCCUCUCGCGGGUCUCUUUUCGCCUCUCUCCUGCACAGAAGCUCCGUUUUUUCACCAAGGGUCUGAAGCUUGAUCGUAACAGUUCCACUUUUGUGAAAGCUCAGUUGAAUGAGGUAAGGUUCUUUCAGUGGUUUUCAUUUGAUGAUAUGUGUUCACAUUUUCAUUCCUCCCUGGACAUGCUUUUGGGGUUUUCUGUUGCCUUCAAGGUUGCUGUGGAUGGAUCCUCAAAUGCUGCUGCCUCACCUUCAAACAAAUCAGAAGUACCAUCACAGGAAGGAAAGGAUGCUAAGCCAUCAAAUGAGCCUUCACCUCCAACUUUGGCUACAGAGGAGUCAAUAUCUGAAUUUAUUACACAAGUUUUAAGCCUUGUGAAGCUGGUUGAUUCAAGAGAUAUUGUGGAGUUGCAGUUAAAACAACUUGAUUGUGAACUGAUAAUUCGGAAAAAGGAGGCCUUGCCUCAGCCACCAUCUCCUGCUUCAGUGGUUAUGAUGCACUCACCUUCACCUUCACCAUCACAACUAAUGCCACCAGCCCCACCUGCGGCUUCCUCUACAGCCUCUAGUCCAGCUUCCACUGCUCCACCCCCAUCACCUGCACCUUCUGCUGCUAAAUCACCCAAGUCAUCACUUCCACCAUUUAAAUGCCCUAUGGCAGGCACAUUCUACAGAAGUCCUGCUCCAGGUGAACCAUCUUUUGUGAAGGUUGGAGACAAAGUGCAGAAGGGACAAGUCGUGUGCAUCAUUGAAGCCAUGAAAUUGAUGAAUGAAAUAGAAGCUGAUCAGUCAGGGACCAUAGUUGAAAUUCUUGCAGAAGAUGGCAGGCCAGUCAGUGUUGACACACCUUUGUUUAUGAUUGAACCCUAAAAGCUCGACGGUUGAUCAGACGAGUAGAGGUUAUAGAUUAGAAGGCUGAGUGCUGUUCUUGGUAAUGUUGUGAGAUGCGGCAUUGUUAUUGUAUUGGAGUGUUUUUGUUUGGGAUGAGUUGUUAGGAGCAACAAAAAAAUUUACUGAUUCUAAUAUGAUUUUUUUGUUAAAUUUAUUACUGCAUCUAAGGAAUAACUUAUUUUUCCAUGUUUGGAUAGUAUGUAUGUCUCAUAAAUCAGUUGUUAGUUGUUUGUUUCCA